AUUAAAAUCAUUCCGUUUUUGACUCUCAAACAAUUCAAACGAUAAUUUAUUACAAAGAAAAAGUGCAAGAAAAUCAUAAAAAUAUGAUAACUCUCAGUAAACUAAAGAAUACAGCGUUAUUUAUAGUCCUUGUCGGUGUAUCUUUAAUAUCUACGAUUGAAGCCCAAUUGGCUGGUAGUAAAUUGAUACAAAAUCCCUGCCUAGGCAAACGUACUUGUCAUGAGUGUAUACAAGCAAAAAAUUGUGCCUGGUGUUUGGAAGCGGAUAAUGGCAAUAAAUCAAGAUGUUUUCCUUCAAAUUCUACCGACUAUUGUUCAAAAGCCUCUAUUUGGAAUCCCUUAACGGAACAAAAUUUUACCAUAAAUCGAAAUUUAACUUUAGGUGGUUAUACUAAAACUGAAGAAGUGAAUAAUGAAGAUAUUGUGCAAAUAAGCCCUCAACGAGUAUCAUUAAAAUUACGCAUAAACGAAGUCCAUAGUUUACCUCUGCGUUAUUCUCAAGCUGUAGAUUAUCCAGUUGAUUUGUAUUAUCUCAUGGAUUUGUCCAAAUCUAUGGAAGAUGAUAAACUUAAACUGUCUGCCUUGGGUGAUUUGCUUUCGGAUACUAUGCGUAAUAUUACUUCUAACUUUCGUUUAGGGUUUGGUUCAUUUGUUGAUAAGGUUUUAAUGCCAUAUACUUCGAUUCACCCCAAUAGAAUCAAAUCACCUUGUUCUAAAUGUGCAGCACCUUAUGGAUUUAAAAAUGUUAUGUCUUUGAGCACAGAUACCAGUCGGUUUUCGACUGAUGUAAGAAAUGCUCCAGUUUCUGCUAAUGUGGAUACUCCUGAAGGUGGUUUUGAUGCUAUAAUGCAAGCUAUUGUUUGUCGUGAACAAAUCGGUUGGCGUGAACAGGCUCGUCGUUUGCUGGUAUUUUCAACUGAUGCCGGAUUUCAUUAUGCAGGUGAUGGAAAGCUCGGUGGUCUUGCCGAACCCAAUGAUGAAAAAUGUCAUUUGGAUUCAGAUGGAUUUUAUACGCACUCUCUUAUCCAAGACUAUCCUAGUAUUGCCCAAAUCAAUCGUAUAGUGAAAGAAAAUUCCAUAAAUUUAAUAUUUGCUAUAACAGCUAGUCAACAGUCAAUCUAUAAGAAAUUAUCUAAAACUAUUGAAGGUUCAUCGACUGCCGUCUUAUCGGAAGGUUCUUCAAAUGUUGUAGAUUUGGUUAGGGACGAAUAUAAUAAAAUAUCUUCUUCAAUUGAAAUUAAUGAUAAUGCUACCAGCCAUGUUAAGAUCACCUAUCACUCAUCCUGUUUAAAUGGUGGCUCCGAAAUACCCACUUCUAAAUGUGAUGGCCUUAAAGUUGGCGACGUGGUAAAUUUCACAGCUCAAAUUUUGGUUACAUCUUGUCCCACUGAUCCUGCCGAAUGGAAACAAGUAAUUGAAAUAUAUCCUGUUGGCAUCAAUGAGACUUUAAUAAUCGAUUUGGAAAUGAUCUGUUCGUGUCCCUGUGAAAAACCUGGUUCAGUUGGUUAUCAAAAAAAUUCGCCCCACUGUAAUAAUCACGGUACUCAAAUUUGUGGUGCUUGUGAAUGUGAUGACUCGUAUUUUGGUCGCAAUUGUGAAUGUUCUCCUGAUGAGGUUGAUACCGAAAGUGGCAAAGAUUUUGGUUGUCGUCCUGACAAUGUGACGACAAUAGAUUGCAAUGGUCGUGGUAACUGUUUGUGUGGUGUUUGUGAAUGUGACAAACGAUCCAAUUCAGAGGAAGUUAUUUCUGGAAAUUACUGUGAAUGUGAUAAUUUCUCAUGCGAUCGUCGUGAUCAACUACUGUGUUCGGGACCAGAUCAUGGUAUAUGUGAGUGUGGUAGUUGUGUUUGUAAACAUGGUUGGAGUGGUGCUGCUUGUGAUUGUAAAACUUCAAAUGAAACAUGUAUUUCACCUAAUGAUGAUAAAAUUUGUUCAGGACAGGGCGAAUGUGAAUGUGGUGUUUGCAAAUGUAAAACUACCAAAGAAAGACGAUAUACGGGUGAAUUUUGUGAAUCUAGUUGGUGUCACGAGUUAAAAGAUUGUGUUCAAUGUCAAAUGUAUAAGACCGGUCCGUUGAAAAAUCUCACAGAUUGUACCGCUAAUUGUACAACUUUUGUAACAAAAGGCCUAUUAAAGAUCGAAAUUGACGAUGAAAAAGAUGAAAGUUUAUGCACAUUUUUUGAUGAAAAUGAUUGUAAAUUUAAUUUUAAAUACAGCGAACACAAUAAUAUAAUUGAAGUACAUGCUGAGCUUCAACCUGAAUGUCCUCAAAAAGUAUUUAUAUUGGGAUUAGUUUUGGGUAUUAUUGGUACCAUGGUGUUGGUUGGUUUGGGCACCUUGUUUUUGUGGAAAAUUUUGACUACCAUACAUGAUAGACGUGAAUUUGCUAAAUUUGAAAAGGAACGAAUGGCGGCCCAAUGGAAUGCGGGUGGAAAUCCACUUUUUACGCCAGCCACAACAACUUUCCAAAAUCCUACAUAUUCGGAAAAUAAAAGUUAAUUUAUAAAAUGCUGUGGAAUGUCUGAGGAGCAUUUAUAGACUAUGUAGGACUUAAGUUAAAAGUAAAUCAUUCAACUCAGAUAUUGUAAAAUGAACUUAACGUAUUUAUACCCGAUCGAUUUCAUUGAAAUAUGUACUUAAAUUAAGAAAUAUGUAUAUUAGAAAUAAUUUAAAAUAUAAUUUCUUAUUUCGCUCAAGA